UGAAACAAAGUUCCACCCGAAGCAGUAGGCGGCGCUGUGGGAUUCAUCGUUUAUCCGUACACACAGUGGACACGUCAUGCUAGCGGAAGACUGAAAUCAUCUGCGCGUGCGUUGAACUGUCUUCGUAAUUUUGAGGCUCAAACCAGCGGAGGAAGAUGAGGGUGUUCUGUGUAUUUGCUCUGGUUGCUGUGAUGGGUCUGGUGGCAGGAGAAGAAGGGGCUCGUCUGUUGGCAUCUAAGUCCCUGUUGAACCGAUACGCUGUAGAGGGACGAGAUCUUACUCUGCAAUACAACAUCUACAAUGUUGGCACCAGUGCUGCACUGGAGGUCGAGUUGUCAGAUGACUCUUUCCCCCCUGAAGAUUUCGGCAUUGUUUCAGGAAUGCUCAAUGUGAAAUGGGAUCGUAUUGCUCCUGCCAGUAAUGUUUCUCACACAGUGGUUCUGCGGCCACUGAAAGCUGGAUACUUCAACUUCACCUCUGCUUCAGUUAGUUACCUGGCACAGGAAGGCGGACAGGUUGUGGUUGGUUACACAAGUGCUCCAGGUCAAGGAGGCAUUCUGGCCCAGAGAGAGUUUGACAGGCGCUUUUCUCCACAUUACUUGGACUGGGCAGCUUUUGGUGUCAUGACCCUUCCCUCCAUUGGCAUUCCUCUGCUCCUGUGGUACUCCAGCAAGAGGAAGUACGACUCACCGAAGAGCAAAAAGAACUGAGAUAUCAAUUACAGGACAAAAACAGAUCAGGGAUCAUUGUGUGAAUGUGGGGGGAGGGGUGUUAAGUGAAUUAUGGUGGGUGGGUUGAAAAUGUUGUUUUUGAAUAAAUUAAUUACCCAUAUUGGGGUAAAUGGUCAAUGAUUUAAUCUGUUUUUAAGUGAUGUUGGUCUUUAUCAAAUAAUUUUUUGAGCGAUCUGGGGAUUGAAGCAUAAAGUAGGAGGAUCAUUGACAUUUGCUUUUGACAUUAAAGUGGCCAUUCCAUGAUGGCCUUAGGUGCACCAUCUUAGUUUUUGUUUUGUUUUUUGUAACCAUUCUCAGAUGCUCAAAUGCUAAACAGAACUGUACAGUCCUUCAUGAUCAAUGGUGGGCUAGUUUGUGGAAAUAAAAGAAGGUUUUAUAGA